AGGUGGGGUUAAUCCUGUCCCGCCCUUCCUGGCCGGCGGGGCGAAGACUGACAGUCUUCGGCAAGCGCUAAGGCCCGCCCCUGCACCGGAAGGAGGAAGGCGGGGGAGUCGAACAGGCGUCGGCGCGGUGUCACGUGUCGCAACUGCUGGUGGAGAGAAGAAAAGGGCGGGACCCCGGGCGGAGGGGUGGGGUGCCCUCCUUUCCCUUGUGUCACGCGCGGCAGGAAGUGGUUCCCGAAACGGAGUAUUCGAGAUGGGGACCGCCCUGGACAUUAAGGUUAAAAGAGCGAACAAGGUUUAUCACGCCGGGGAAAUGCUCUCCGGGGUGGUGGUCGUAUCUGGGAAGGAUUCGGUCCAGCACCAGGGAGUCUCCUUGACAGUGGAAGGAACCGUGAACCUCCAACUCAGUGCCAAGAGUGUGGGUGUGUUCGAAGCAUUCUAUAAUUCUGUUAAGCCCAUCCAGAUUAUCAACAGCACCAUCGAAAUGGUGAAACCAGGUAAAUUUCCCAGCGGCAGAACAGAAAUUCCUUUCGAAUUUCCUCUGCACGUGAAGGGUAACAGAGUCCUGUAUGAGACUUACCACGGCGUGUUUGUCAACAUCCAGUAUACCCUGCGCUGUGACAUGAGGCGGUCCCUGCUGGCCAAGGACUUGACCAAGACCUGUGAAUUCAUCGUCCACUCUGCUCCUCAGAAGCGGAAACUGACUCCGAGUCCCGUGGCCUUCACUGUCACGCCUGAAACCUUACAGAAUGUCAAAGAGAGAGCCCUGCUCCCCAAAUUUCUCAUCAGAGGACAUCUCAACUCGACCAACUGUGUUAUCACACAGCCACUAACGGGAGAGCUGGUGGUGGAGAGCUCGGAGGCCGCCAUCAAAAGCAUCGAGCUGCAGCUGGUGCGCGUGGAGACCUGCGGCUGUGCAGAAGGGUACGCCCGCGAUGCCACAGAGAUUCAGAACAUUCAGAUCGCCGACGGCGACGUGUGUCGGGGCCUCUCUGUCCCCAUAUACAUGGUCUUUCCCCGGCUCUUCACCUGCCCGACACUGGAGACCACCAACUUCAAAGUGGAGUUCGAGGUGAACAUCGUUGUGCUGCUUCACCCUGAGCACCUCAUCACAGAGAACUUCCCGCUGAAGCUCUGCAGGAUGUAGGCGGGAACAGGGGGAGAUGCAGCCGUGCCGACCUACGGGAGCCGAAGCCGGCGGCAGCGAACUCGCUCUCUUGAUGGUUCUGUAUCAGAAAUGAGUCUGACCCUUCUUCCUCAUUCCCUCGAGGCCCCUCUAGUCAGAGCUUCCCUUUGAAAUUCAUCAGGAUUUCUUCAUGGCGCUGGCAAGAUCGUUUCCCAGAGAGUAAAUUUCCUGGGACUCCUGACCAACCUGCUCCUUCUUAGGUUCAGAGCACAGUUGUAACGGAGUCUGAGCUUUGCUGGAAAGUGAGGUCAGGGACAAAGGAAACCUCCCGUCUGGCCGACGGUUGUGGCCAGGGCUCCCGACGGCUCCCCGACCCCGCAGGGUGGCGACAGGCGUGCUGGUUGCUCAUGACGUUGGCAGACGCCCGCCAAGGAGGGUGCUGCGGCGCCGCUGCAGAUGCGCAGCGUGUUUCCCACUCUCUUGUCUUUUAUAACAUUUGUCGUGAUAACUUCAGAACUUCUGGGGACCUGGGGAAAGUAUGCUUCGCCCUCCCGGGAGUGAGGGGAUCUGGUGACCACGGCUGGUGCUGGAGUAGUUCUGAGUCUCAGGACCUGGUGUGAAGUUGCCUACUGCCGUCUUCCCAGAGUCCGUUUAAGUGCUAGGUUCUGUCGGGGAUAAAAACACGUGUCCACGCCCGUCGUUGUUGGCUGGGUUCUGAGUGGCAGGGGACCCGGGCCCAGGCCAGCAGUGAAGAGCCCUCUGUGCUGGGCGGGACCUGGACCUGAUGAACUUGGCCCACCUCCAUCCCACCUGAGGGACUUGCGUUGGCGGGGUCGGGGGAGGUAGUCUGGCCUGAAGCCAUUUUCUCCCUCGCCUCCUGUUGGGAUUUGCAGUGUACGGUGGGUCCGUUACAACACAUUUCUUCCUUCACAUCCUGCUGUUUCUCUGGGUCCACAGUUAACCUCAGAAGUAAGCCGCGCGCUGUGCACACUGCCUGGCCUUCCUCUCCUGAGGGAAUAAUCAUCACCUGAAGAGCUGCCAGCAGCCCGGCCGCCUUUAUCAUUUUAUUCAACCUCGAGGGGCCCGAGCGAGGGCCAUUUCCUUGCGCUUCUUGGACGGGCACCUCCACCAUCAGUUAGUAAGGAAAACUCGGACGUUUGGGUGUCUUGGGCAGCAGCAGUCCCACUACUGCCCUGGCUGGAGCCGGGGGUGUCCGUUGUCAGGUUCUCCUAUUACAGCAGGAGGAAGGGGAGGUGAAGGAAAGAGGCCAUGAACCUAAAACAGUACAUUUUUUGGGGAAAUGCCCGGUUAGGCAGGAGCACCUUCUGGCUCUUGGAGCUCCAGCAGAAAUGGGGCCUUGCUCUGGUUCUCAGCUGCACCGUGAGUUCCGCAGGAAAGGUGGAGACGUCAAUCUGAAAUAAAACGUUUAAAAAAGAA